AUUGCCGCCUGUUGCCCGAGGCCCCUGCCCAGUGGUAGGUUGCUGUCUGUUGCCCGAGGCCCCUGCCCAGUGGUAGGUUGCUGUCUGUUGCCCGAGCCCCUGUUGAGGGGUAGAUUGCCUUCUGUUGCCCGAGGCCCCUGCCCAGUGGUAGGUUGCCGUCUGUUGCCCGAGCCCCUGCCCAGGGGUAGAUUGCCGCCUGUUGCCCGAGGCCCCUGCCCAGUGGUAGGUUGCUGUCUGUUGCCUGAGCCCCUGUUGAGGGGUAGAUUGCCUUCUGUUGCCCGAGGCCCCUGCCCAGUGGUAGGUUGCCGUCUGUUGCCUGAGCCCCUGCCCAGUGGUAGGUUGCUGCCUGUUGCCCGAGGCCCCUGCCCAGUGGUAGGUUGCCGCCUGUUGCCCGAGCCCCAAGCCUAAGGGGGGAGAUUGCCUGAAGACCCCCCCGUGCC